UCUCUCCGAAGAUAUUCCGCAUCUCCAGCGACCUCGUGGUGAACGAGGGGAGCAACGUGACCCUGGUGUGCCUGGCCACGGGGAAGCCCGAGCCCUCCAUCUCCUGGAGACACAUCUCUCCCUCUGCAAAGCCCUUUGAAAGCGGGCAGUACCUGGACAUCUAUGGCAUCACGAGGGACCAGGCUGGGGAGUACGAGUGCAGCGCGGAGAACGACGUCUCGGUCCCGGACGUGAGGAAAGUGAAAGUCACAGUGAACUUUGCCCCCACAAUUCAGGAACUUAAAUCCAGCGGUGUGAUGCUUGGAGGGAACGGCCUGAUACGGUGUGAAGGUGCAGGAGUUCCUGCCCCGGUCUUUGAGUGGUACAAAGGAGAGAGGAAGUAA